CUCCCAAACACUACCAUUAAAUCCCUCAGUCACGGACUCUGGAAUGGCGCACCAAUGAUCCGUACUUGAUCAUUGCGAUACACCACAUAUUCCAGACCGUGGCGGUCGGUCACAAUUACGGAAUCGAAACCUCGCUGCUUCACCAGCGCCUCACUCAGCUGAGAGUCACUAUGGUUGAGCUCAAGCACUCGUCCAAGCCGCAAUCCAACCUUCACAACCCAGUCCGUCCGCCCUGACUGAUGGCCGACCUUAUGCUUGGUCAUCUCCGGCGAGCACGCGCAAUAGAGGCCCUUGCCCGCAUAGUUUCGGUGCCUGGCGUAGCGAUCGAUGUCCACUCCGUGACGCUCAAGGCUGAUAGCGCCCUCUCGAGUAGUGCGAUGAUAGGCAAUGACACCGUAUGGGCAUUGCAGGCACCAGUGACUGGAAUGGCCGUGUGGAUUAUUGCGGCAGAAGUGACUGUGCUGGCCGUUCGCAUAGCGGCGGAGCUGUCGUUCCAGACGCCUCACGACCCCCUCUUCGUCUGCCGCUUGGCCGCUCAACACAUUGGCCUCUCUCUGCCGGGCCGCAUUAGCAACAACGAGCUGCUGGAUCUGCUGGCUGAGAGCAUCGCUGCAGCGGGAGAGAGCUGCGUUGACCUCCUCAUGCCGCCGCCGUGUGACCUCUCGGUCUUCGUGCAUAGCAGUCAGGCGUCGGCCCUCAGCGACCGCAAUAGAAUGCUCCUCACGCAGCUCCUCUUGUGCCGCGUUCUGCUCGCAAGUCUGGCCGCUCAGGUGCUCAUUCUGCAGUGUCAGCAUGGCCCUCACUGCAGUGAGGGCGUUCUCACGAUGCAGUGCGUCAUCAAGGCGGUCCUGGGCCGGCUGUCGCUCGGCGGCGUGUCGGGCGGCCUGCUGUCUGUCCUCGUCUGCAUGGCGCUGGAGCUGCGCAGUGUUGGUUCGCUCCCUAAAGGCUCUCGCUUUGGCCCUGGUUCGCUCCCUGAAGGCUCUCACGCGAAGAUCCAUCCGUCAAAACGCGUGUAAGCUGACAAACACACAGGGCAUUGCGCUGUCAGACUGUCUGUACAUGUUCUCCUUACUGGCAACGAAUUACACCGCCGUCGCAACAAAGGGCAACAGUAGCAUGAGAAAUCUGGCCAGAUCUUCGUUGCCCAUCACUCAGCACGUCACUUCACUGGAAGAGCUUCCUACUGCGAGCUCAGCAUGCAGGAGCGCCUUGAGGCCAUGCCUUUCUA